AUGCUGCUAUUGCAGAUAAGACGUUUGAAGGCGCAUGUGCUGAAGCAAUUACCACCUAAACGUCGGCAAAUUAUAAGACUCUUGUUGAAAAGAUUAGAUAUAGUUUCAGCAAAGGCUUCAAUUGGGGUGGUGAAUCAUGAUGCUUCUGAAAGCAAUGCUGCUGAAGUGAUGAACUCAGAGAACUUAGAUGAAUCUGAUGGCUGUGAUGAGGCACUCUCUGUGGAGCAGAUGCACAUAUGGCUUCGAAAUGGUGAGGUGCUCAUCUCCAAUCUUGGAACUAGGUUCCCAAGAAUCAGAUCGCUGUCCAAAGGUGGUGUUGGUGUUGCUGAACUGCUACCUGUUUUUGACAACAGAGUAAGGCAACUCUCCUACCAAGAGCUUGGCAUUGCGAAAUUGUCUGGGUUUCGUGAAUGGCUUUCCAUUCAUCCUCUCAUUUCAGAUUCAGAUGGUGUAGCCGAAUUGGAUGUAAACCCCAGUUCUCAGAAAAUGAUAAUUUUUGUGCAUCAUCACAAAGUUCUUGAUGGAGUGCAGAAGUUUUUAUGUGAGAAAGGGGUUGGUUUCGUCCGCAUUGAUGGGAACACACUUCCCAGUGAUAGGCAAAACGCCGUAUCGUCAUUUCAAUCAUCAAAUGAGGCACGUACAUGUUCUGUUUUUGCAGCUUUGUGUAUUUGCUUUGUCACAGUUAAGAUUGCUAUAAUCGGUAUAACUGCUGGGGGUUUUGGACUUGAUUUCUCCUCAGCACAAAAUGUUGUCUUCUUGGAGCUGCCUCAGUCCCCAUCAUUGAUGCUUCAGGCUGAGGAUAGAGCUCAUAGGCGAGGGCAAACAAAUGCAGUCAACAUUUUCAUCUUCUGCGCGAAGGACACUAUGGACGAAAAACGUUGGCAAAAUUUAAACAAGAGUUUGCAUCGUGUUUCGUCUACUACGGAUGGAAAAUAUGAUGCAGUUCCAGAAAUUGCGGUAGAAGGAAUUUCUUAUUUUGGAAAAUCUGACAAAACUAGGAGUUGGAAAAGUUCUGAAGUUCAAGUUUUAGGGAAAGCCUCAUGUAAAGAGUCCUCUGAUGUGGAUCUUGUUAAGUUGCCAGACUCUGGUGCAGUGUGGGAUUCACAGCUCUCUGAAACACACAAUGAAGAGACGUUACAGUUGAUUGGUAGCACAUUUCAAACAGAUCAUCUUCAUCUUGGGGCCAGUAUGGUCUUGGAUAAAGUAACAGACAGGGAUUCUGUUGCAAAUAAAAACCUAGAGGGGAUUUCAGAAAUCAAGAUUAGAAGUGAUAGCAGACUUUCUUCUUCUAAGCCGUCUGAUGAGGAAAAUGAAGGCAAUAAUCAAUCAGAGAAGGAAAAUGAACUUUGUGCCCUAACAACAGAACCCAAUGGCAGGGAACUUGCUCAGCAAAAUGAAGCUGAUGAAAGUUGCUCUAACCAAGUAUAUUCUCUACGCUUUGAGGUAAGUAAAUAUACUGGAAGGAUUCACCUAUAUUCCUGCAUUCUGGGGACAGACUCAAGACCGCAGCCACUAUUUGAGAAUUUCCGACCAGAAGAACUUGAGUUCCUUAAUUCACCAGCAGUCAAUGAUAACAAGGAAGCAUCUUUUAAAUUUCUCGAGGAGAAUCCAGUUUACAGGCAUGCUCUUCUUACAUUCAUUAAAGAGUGGAAUGCACUAAGGCCCAUAGAAAGACGGAAAUUACUUGGAAAGACUUUGCAACUUCCUCUACAUGUUGAGUUGUGCUACUUGAAUGAAAGUGCUAACCACAAAAUUGGGGGACUGCUGAAGGGUGGAAGCAUGCGUCGCAUUACUCCAUGGGUUGAGAUCAGUCAUCCUUUACCAUCAAAUGCCAUUUUGAAAAAGGUACAUCUGUCAAGUAGAUAUGGCCAAAAGGAAAAGCAAUACACUCAGGGCUGGACGUUAAUGGAUGAGCCACUCUGUAAACUCUGUCAAAUGCCAUGCAUGGGCAGCAAUGCCAAGACACCUGAAUAUUUUGAGGAUCUAUUCUGUAAUCUCAGCUGCUGUGAAGAAUAUCGCAUAAGAACUAGCAGCAGAUCCCUCCGGCAGGAGCUUUUUCAAAUAGAACAUGGGGUCUGCACAAAUUGCCAGCUAGACUGUCAUCAACUUGUGAGGACUGUCAAACCUUUAUCAUUAGAGAGACGACGGGAAUAUAUUGAGAAAGUAGCACCAAAUGUGGCAAGUCAGAAGAAAUUGCUUGAUAAGCUUGUCAAUGAUCCAUCUGAGGGCAAUGCAUGGCACGCAGACCAUAUUGUUCCUGUUUACCGUGGUGGAGGUGAAUGUAAACUAGAGAAUAUGAGGACUCUGUGUGUGGCAUGCCAUUCCAAUGUUACUGCAGCGCAACGUGCUGAACGAUGCUUAACUAGGGCAAAGGCUAAGAUGCAACUUGAAGUAAUCAUGAAUGAUCUCAAAUGUAUGGAAGAGACUGCCACUAGUGUUAAGGGCCAAGGACAUUCUCAAAUGCAAGAGGAUAUAUUUGAUGAGCUUUUAGUCAUGGUUCCUGGAAGUGCCUACUCUAGAGCAGAAGGUACGAAUCCUGAAAGUGUAGAGUUGAAGAAGAGCUCAUGA